AUGAAAGAGAAGAGAUUGAAUAAAGCACACUUUGUUCUGGUACAUGGAAUUGGAGGAGGAGGUUGGUGCUGGUACAAAAUCAGAUGCCUAAUGGAGAAUUCCAACUAUCGAGUUACAUUUAUCGACCUCAAAGGUGCCGGCAUCGAUCAAACCAAUCCCAACACCAUUCUUUCAUUUGAAGACUACAACAAGCCGCUCAUCGACUUCUUGUCAUCCUUAGACGACAAUGAAAAGGGAGCACCAGAUCUAUCGGAGUUCGGAGAAUUUGGCGAUGUUUACGACGUGGGCUUUGGAUUAGGGCAGGAUCAUCCUCCAACCACUCUGAUUUUCAAGAAAGAAUUGCAAAGGAAAAUCAUUUACCAAUUGUCACCUCGAGAGGAUUCGACACUAGCAGCCAUGCUUUUUCGGCCGGGCCCAAUUCAAGCAUUGACAAGUGCACAAUUUAAAGAGGGGGAGAACACAGAGAAGGUUCCUCGUAUAUACAUCAAAACAACCCAGGAUAAUGUCAUGAAACCUGAGCAACAAGAUGCAAUGAUCAAGAGAUGGCCACCAUCGAAAGUUUACGUUUUGGAAAGUGAUCACAGCCCAUUUUUCUCCGCACCGUUUUCUCUGUUUGGUUUGCUUGUUAAGGCUGCAAUUUCUGCCGGAUGCAAUUAG